GAAUAAAAGCCCGAGAGCCUCAGCACCUCACAGGCUCACUCCCUCACCCACUCACUCCCUCACCCUCCGCCAGUUCAACCCCAGCAUGGCUGCGUCCACCAUGUCCGUCUGCUCCAGCGACCUGAGCUACAGCAGCCGCGUCUGCCUUCCUGGUUCCUGUGAUUCUUACUCCGACUCCUGGCAGGUGGACGACUGCCCAGAGAGCUGCUGCGAGCCCCCCUGCUGCGCCCCCAGCUGCUGCGCCCCAGCCCCCUGCCUGACCCUGGUCUGCACCCCAGUGAGCUGUGUGUCCAGCCCCUGCUGCCAAGUGACCUGUGAGCCCAGCCCCUGCCAAUCAGGCUGCACCAGCUCCUGCACACCCUCAUGCUGCCAGCAGUCUAGCUGCCAGCCGGCUUGCUGCACCUCCUCCCCCUGCCAGCAGGCCUGCUGCGUGCCUGUCUGCUGCAAGACUGUCUGCUGCAAGCCUGUGUGCUGUGUGCCCACCUGCUCUGAGGAUUCCUCUUCAUGCUGCCAGCAGUCUAGCUGCCAGCCAGCUUGCUGCACUGCCUCCUGCUGCAGACCCUCCUCCUCCAUGUCCCUCCUCUGCCACCCUGUGUGCAAGUCCACCUGCUGCGUGCCCAGCUGCUGUGAGCCCCCCUGCUGCACCCCCAGCUGCUGCACCCCGGCCCCCUGCCUGACCCUGGUCUGCACCCCAGUGAGCUGUGUGUCCAGCCCCUGCUGCCAGGCGGCCUGUGAGCCCAGCGCCUGCCAAUCAGGCUGCACCAGCUCCUGCACGCCCUCGUGCUGCCAGCCGUCUAGCUGCCAGCCAACUUGCUGUGCCUCUUCCUCCUGCCAGCAGUCCUGCUGUGUGCCUAUCUGCUGCAAGCCCGUGUGCUGUGUGCCCACCUGUUCUGAGGAUUCCUCUUCAUGCUGCCAGCAGUCUAGCUGCCAGCUGACUUGCUGCACCUCCUCCCCCUGCCAGCAGUCCUGCUAUGUGCCUGUCUGUUGCAAGCCUGUCUGCUGCAAGUCCAUCUGCUGUGUGCCCGUCUGCUCUGGGGCUUCCACUUCAUGCUGCCAGCAGUCUAGCUGCCAGCCGGCUUGCUGCACCACCUCCUGCUGCAGACCCUCCUCCUCCGUGUCCCUCCUCUGCCGCCCCAUAUGCAGGCCCGCCUGCUGCGUGCCCAUCUCCUCCUGCUGUGCCCCAGCGUCUUCCUGCCGGGCCAGCUGCUGCCGCCCGGCCUCCUGCGUGUCCCUCCUCUGCCACCCCGCGUGCUCCCGCCCGGCCUGCUGA